AUGCCUGCUCCUGCACAGAUCCAAAAAGAGACGAUCGACAAGUUUCUAGAAGCAUGGGGAAACAGCAAAGCACAAGACACAAUGGAUCUCUGGUCCGACGACUUUGAGCAGCAGCUGCUUCCUUUUUCGCUACAGCAGCCGGUCAGACAACGAGAACAUGUUGAGCUGCUCUAUCCCGCGCUUGUUAGUAACUUGACCAACUGGAAGGUCGACAUCAAACACAUUGUGCAUGAUGCGGACAACGGCACGGCCGCUGUGUAUGCAACAUCAUCUGCAGACACGCCUGUUCCGGAGGAGAAAUGGACGAAUGAAUUUUCCAUUUUCAUGACGCUGACUGAAGAUGGGCUGAAGGUGAAGAAGUUAGAGGAGAUGGUAGACUCGGCAUUUUACCAGCGCUUCUUCCCUAAAUUCCAGAAGUAUCUGGCGGGAUCGGGAGCGUUCCAUUAG